AUGGCGCCGGUCUCGACUGUGAAGAGAUCCAUCGUGAAGAAGCGCACGAAGAGCUUCCCCCGCUUCCAGUCCGAUCGCUACAAGCGUUUGAGUUCAUCAUGGAGGAAGCCCAAGGGUAUUGAUUGCCGUGUGCGCCGCAAGUUCAAGGGCACGAACACCAUGCCCAACAUCGGUUAUGGUUCAAACAAGAAGACACGUCACAUGUUGCCCAACGGCUUCUUCAAGUUCCUUGUCUCCUCUCCCAAGGAUAUCGAGUUGCUCUUGAUGCACAACACCAAGUUCGCAGCAGAGAUUGCCCACAACAUCUCUUCACGGAAGCGUCGUGAAAUCCUGGAGCGGGCUGACCAACUCAAUGUCCUGGUACUGAACAGACACGCACGUCUCGACACGGCGGAAGAUGAGUGA